CUCCGUUACGGGGCUUGUGCGGUGGCUUCGGGGAGCGAUCGACCGCGGCCAUGCCCGAACCGGCCAAAUCGGCGCCUGCGCCUAAAAAAGGCUCGAAAAAAGCUGUGACAAAGACCCAGAAAAAGGGUGACAAGAAGCGGCGGCGCAGCCGCAAGGAGAGUUACUCCAUCUACGUGUACAAGGUGCUGAAGCAAGUGCACCCCGACACCGGCAUCUCCUCCAAGGCCAUGGGCAUCAUGAAUUCCUUCGUCAACGACAUCUUCGAGCGCAUCGCGGGGGAGGCCUCGCGCCUGGCGCACUACAACAAGCGCUCCACCAUCACCUCGCGGGAGAUCCAGACGGCCGUGAGGCUCCUGCUGCCCGGCGAGCUGGCCAAGCACGCCGUCUCCGAGGGUACCAAGGCUGUCACCAAAUACACCAGCUCCAAAUAAAGCUGCCCGUUUAGGCUCGGCUUAA